CCGUCAGCGCUAGCGCAUACGGCUCCGAGACUCCGCUACGGCUACAGUCGCGCGCACGCUUAAGUUUCCUAGUGCCCUCUCUCGACGUCACGGGAUGCGAAUUCUGACUGUAAACAAUUGCGGACAUGAACUAAAUUGUUUACAUUGAAAUACUAAAAUAUUUUUUCGCCAAACACUCAACCGUUUGCUAAAGUGACGUGUAACGUACUGUUUAUACGAGAACAUGUUGUGGGAGUCUGGUUUUGUUGAAGACGCUGAUACGAUGCCACAGACAGUGCCGCGCUCCGGGUGCAGCCCGCCGUCGGCUUCACAGGGCGAGCGAGCAGUCCCCGGCUCCCCCGCAGAUUUACAUCACCUCCUGCGCCUUUUCGGCGCUGCCUCUCCCCCGGAAUCCAUGCUGCACUCUCCUCAAUACAUUAAGCCACCACCACCAUAUCCAGAAGAUAACAACAACGCCUUCUUGGAACGCCUGUACGAUUUCGAAGCGUACCCCACACCUUCUCCAUCCUCAGACGAAGGAUCUCUUUCCACAGUGGCUCUCCAACCAUCCUCCCCUUAUAACUCCUUUCAAUACUCUUCGGUCUUCAUAAAAGAAGAACCGAACAGACUCACAGUACCAGGGUUUGCCUCGCCUUACCCACUGUCUCCUUCUGGAUCGUGUAACUCAUACGGUAGUCAGAAUCAGUAUUCCUCCCCAGUUCCACAACACGAGGAAUACAUUGAUAUUGAAGAGUUGCUUAAAGAAAACCAGAUACUGCAAGAGAGCGUACAACAGCAGAAUUUUAUUACACCUAAAAUCGAGGUGGAGGAACCACGCGAUCACAUUUUGCUACGUUCAGCUCUUGAAGACACAACAUUCCAGAAACGCCUUAAUCUUAGACCUAUCCCCUUGGAGUUGGGGACAGUGAAAAUGGAAGAAAGCAGUGGAGGAGCAAAUGGUACAGGAGAUGAAGCUUUAGUGGCUCCAGACAUUGAUAGAGUGUUGUCGAUGGCCAUUGAGCAAUCAAAAAGAGAUGUAGACAACACCUGUACAGUUCUGGGAAUCUCACCAGACCCAAUGCUCUGGAAUCCAGCAAAUGUCAACUCCUGGGUGAUGUAUACACUGCAGCACUUCAAUUUACCUUUGGUACCAGCGGAGUACUUCAAUAUGGACGGAGCUGCUCUUAUUGCUUUAACUGAAGAAGAAUUUAACCAGAGAGCACCCCAGGCGGGUAGCACGCUGUACGCGCAGCUAGAAAUCUGGAAGGCAGCACGGCACGAACCAUGGAGACCCCAAUGGGAACAUCAGCAACCUUCUCCCAACCCCACACCAGCUGCUUUGCCUUCAGCUGAUGAUAUGAGUGACGAUGAAGACUCAGAAUCAGCAGGCCCUAGUGUCGGCACAGCGGGAGGAAAAGCUAAAUCUGGCAGCACACAUAUACACCUGUGGCAAUUCCUGAAGGAACUCCUCGCGUCACCACAAAUCCACGGCUCUGCGAUACGAUGGAUUGACAGAAGUACCGGUAUAUUCAAAAUUGAGGAUUCCGUGCGUGUCGCCAGGCUGUGGGGCAAGAGAAAGAACCGCCCAGCCAUGAACUACGAUAAGCUAUCGCGGAGUAUCAGGCAAUACUACAAGAAGGGCAUCAUGAAGAAGACAGAGCGGAGUCAAAGACUCGUCUACCAAUUCUGCCAUCCCUACUGCCUGUAAAUAUUCCAAUGACGCAAUGUAGUUUAUAAGUGUAAAUAUUUAUUGUAAAUAAAGCGUGUGCGCCGCGGUAAUGCGGACAAGAAGCUAACUGGUUGAGUUUUGUGCUAUGAACGCAAAACGCAACGCAGUUCCAGAGUCUGUGACGGCCGAAUUUUCUAGUCUAAACGAGCAAGUAAUGUUCAGGGACUAAGAAUUACUAGGCGUCGUAUCUCUCCAUAAAAUUCGGGAAAGGUAAUUUUCUUCGGAAUUCUAUUGGACGAGAAAUCGCUGUUCGCGUUAGACUUUAAGAUUUUUUUUUACCGGCGACUAGAUGACUACGAUUGUAUCGAAUUAUUUAUAUUUGAAUACAAAUCAUAGGCAAUCGUUUUCAUCGAAAGCUGGUAAUGUUUAUCCCAUAUAUCUAUGAUAUAUUUCUAGUACGUUCUAUGAACUUUUAAAAAUUAAGUUAUUUUGUAAAUAAGAAAUUGCAAAAACCAAUAAUAUAAUAUAUGUACAGUGCCUAAUGCCUAUAAUGCCUUAUUGUUGUAGUUUUAUGGUACUUUUAGAAAUCUAUAUAAAAGUGAUGCAUGAUAUUUAAUAACUUAAUAAGUUAUAGGUAUUUUGUUUAGAAGUAGAUUUGUUAUAAAUCUGUAAAAGUUGAUAUUAUAUCGAAGAGAUUAUAGUUUCAUAAUAAUGGCGAGUUACGCCAUGGUUAACUUAUAAUAUAUUAUUUUUAUAAGAGGCGGAAUUUGGAAAGCAUUGGGAUUUUUAUGAAAUUGGAAAUUUUGUGCCAAAUAGACGUGGAAUUUAUUCGGGACAUAAUUUAAUAUUUGUUUAUUAGAAGACCCGCCGACGUACGGACUUGUAUAAUAUACUCAUAAAACGGUGAAUGGAUAAAAUAAGAUUUUUUUUUAAUAAUGUUAAAUACUUUAUUGUAAGAUUAUGACGCAUUUAGCGUCUUUAAUAUGAUUAUUCUUUACUGGACCAAACUAAUGUAGAUUUUAUGAAUAAUUUUUAAUAUAUACAAUAAAAAAAUAAAUGGCCA